UAUCAAACACCCCCAGGCCCCAAAAACACCAAGUCAGAAACUGCGUAAGCUAGGGUCGUCCCUCUAAUUUCAUAUCCAAAUUCAUGUUGUAAAGGAAAUAUAGAUAUCCAUGGAAGUUCAGACGAGUUCUAAGAUCUCUACUCCAAGCUCCAAACUUUCAUCAAAACGGUUUUUGUUUGACAAACGCUACGGCUAUGUAUAUGAUGAAUGGAGAGAACCUUCGGAAGUUGCACUUGCGUAUGGCCGCGGAAUGUUUUGCAUUGUGCCUCUUGGGAAGGCUUUGCUUACAAUGGUUUCUGAAUCGGUGAACCUUGCAGCAAGCCGAACAAUCCAAGUUGUUGAAAGACCAGAUCAGCUUUCUCCUCAAUCAUUGCAAGCUAAGCUCAACAACAAUAUCAUGUUUCCUAUAAAGAAUAUAUUUCGGCCCAAACACAUUUCAAUUUCACCCUUGCAUGUAACAAGUGCCUCUUCACAUUCCCAUGCCAAUAGCCACGAAUAAUGUGCUCGCCCACAUAAAAUCCAUGAAUUGUUUUGGUGUAACAAAUUGAGAACAUGUUGAUUGUUUUUUUGUAUUAGCCAAAAACCUUUUGACAUAUAUCUAUUUAAAUGUCUUUACAUUUAUGGAAAUCUUAGAUGUUUCGAUGCAA